AUUUCGACCCCUCCAAAUAGCUCCCCAUACCAUCAUUUUCAUCCAUCACCGAGCUACCGAGUCGAUAGAGAUACCCGCACAAACAUGUCUUUACCUUCCAUGCAACCGCUCGGCUACGACCAGUCCUAUUCCUUUCACACCCCAACUUCUAGGGAUUCUGGGGGAUACACCCAACACAGAUUUAACCCGUGGGGUUCCCCGUCUAUCCACCCAUGAUCCCAUCAAGCUGACUAUCUUGCAGCUACACAGACAAUGGCGGAACCAUCAUAGGGAUUACUGGUGAGGAUUUUGUUGUCCUAGCAGGAGAUACUAGGCACACAUCCGGCUACAACAUCAAUUCUCGCACUGAGAAGAAGGUGUACCGGCUCGGGGAGGACAACGGUCUUGUGCUGGCAACAGUUGGGUUCGGGGCCGAUUCCAAAGACGUUGCUGAGACUAUGAUGAGAGCUGUUAAUGUUUACUACACCCCCCUUGGACCUGGGAUGAUAAAGCUGAUUGAGAAUAGGACUUCAAAUUCAACCACAACCUGAAAAACAUGAGCGUCUCUGCUGCUGCGCAGUACCUUUCCACCGUCCUCUAUGGCAACCGCUUCUUUCCCAAAUAUGCAAGUUGUGUUCUCGCCGGCCUGGAUAAGGAGGGAAAGGCUCGCCUAUAUUCUUAUGAUUCAGUUGGUUCAUAUUCCAAGGAAGGGGAGAGCCGGGCGUCCGCUGGCUCUGCCUCAUCGUUGAUUGUUCCUUUCCUUGACAACCAAGUAUGCCAAUCCUAUCCUGGGUCUGUGAAGUGAUAUUGACUGAAGAAACUAGGUUGAAUUCAAGAACCAGUUUGUUCCUUCGUCGAAGGGCCAGGUGGAGAGGCCGGUAGUACCUCUUGAUCCUGUUACGGUUGCGAAACUAGUGAAGGAUGCUUUCACCUCUGCUACUGAGCGUCAUAUCGAAGUUGGAGAUGGACUACAGAUUAUUACUGUCACGAAAGGCGGCGUCUCUGAGGAGGUUAUAGACCUGAAGAAGGACUGAGCUAGUGCGUGUUUGUGGGUUGAAAUAGUUGUACGCUAUUUGAAUAAACAGGUUCUUUUCUUUUUCGUAAUUUCUCACGGAUAACUGUGCAAGCCUGGGGAGAAUUGUGGCUUGGGUCAUUGAUAUUCUUUGAGUUGAUGCUAUCAUAGGAGCAACCCCUUCGGUUCAUAGGUAAUCACUCGGGAGAUUGAGAUGCCAGGAUGACUGUAUGCUGAGCCUGGGUUGGUUGGCUAUGGACUUCUAAAUUGUUGAUACUCGGUAUGUUGAUCUAUAUUUUUUGUAUCAUAGGUAUAGCGCAGAAAAUUAUAGUUAAGUCUCUGCU